AUGGAAUCUCCCUUUCUAAUUUGGUAAAUAUAUAGGAACCACUCAACUGAGUAAUUACCUUACUUAAGCAAAUAUUUUAUAGCUGCAAUAGUCACUCUAAUCGUUUUAAUCUCCAUAAUGAUGCUCCAUCAUGUUAGGAGUAAUUUCUAGUUAGUAAGAAGAGUUCCUAAGAAACCAAAGAAUAAAGAAAAGAAUGUUACUUUCAACUUAGACUUGAAUCAGAUCCAUUACUUUUAUUGA